AUGCAGCUCCAGAACCUCGUCCUCGCCGCCUCUCUGUCCGCCUUCGCCGCGGCGACGGAUAACAAUAAUGCCGUCGAAGCACGAGACGGAACCGACAUCGGCAGCGUCAUUGACUCCAUUACCUCAGACGUCGGCGGCGCCGCCCAAACCGUUACCAAUGGCGCAGGCAGCGUUGCGACCCAGAUCACCGGCGGCGCAGGCAGCGUCCUGACCGACAUCACAGGCGGCGCGGGCAGUGUGGCGACUCAGAUCACCGGCGGCGCGGGUAGCGUCGCGACUCAGAUCACAGGCGGUGCUGGCAGCGUCAUAACCGACGCAAGCGGCGUCCUCUCCACCAUCACUUCGGGCGCCGACAGCGUCGCCACCCAGGUCACCGGUGGCGCCGGCAGCGUCAUUACCGACGCCAGCGGAGUCGUCGCCACCGUCACCUCGGGCGCGGGCAGCGUUGUGACCGACGCCAGCGGAGUCCUCUCUACCGUCACCUCCAAGGGCGGCAGCGUUGUCACCGACGCGAGCGGUGCCCUCUCUACUAUCACCUCGGGCGCCGGCAACGUCGUGUCCACCAUCAAGUCGGGCGGCAGCGACGUCCUGACCACCAUCACCUCCAAGGCCGGUGAGGCCACCUCCAAGGCCGGCGAUGCCACGUCCACCAGCAGCCCCGAUGCUGCGCCGGCCGCGACCGCAGCUGUCGGCGGUGUGCUUGCUGGACUCGCCUUCGCGCUGCCCCUGAUCCUGUGA